ACAGUUCUGCGGACAGGAUGGCGUUCAGCAAGGGGUUCCGGGUCUACCACAAGCUGGACCCCCCGCCCUUCAGCCUCAUGGUGGAGACCAGGCACAAGGAGGAGUGUCUCCUGUUCGAGUCCGGGGCGGUGGCCGUGCUCUCCUCUGCAGAAAAGGAGGCCAUCAAGAGUACAUACUCCAAAGUGCUGGAUGCCUAUGGACUCCUGGGUGUUUUACGACUCAAUCUGGGUGACAGCACGCUACAUUAUCUGGUCCUGGUCACCGGGUGCAUGUCUGUGGGGAAAAUCCAAGAAUCGGAAGUGUUCCGAGUGACUUCCACGGAGUUCAUAUCCCUACGAGCCGACUCUUCAGAUGAGGAUCGCAUUUCAGAAGUGCGCAAGGUGCUGAACUCAGGGAACUUCUAUUUCGCGUGGUCUGCCUCGGGGGUCAGCUUGGACCUGAGCCUUAACGCCCACCGCCGCAUGCAGGAGCACACGACCGACAACAGGUUUUUCUGGAACCAGUCUCUGCACCUGCACCUCCAGCACUACGGCGUGAGCUGUGACGACUGGCUGCUGCGCCUCAUGUGCGGCGGCGUCGAGAUCAGGACCAUCUACGCGGCUCACAAGCAGGCCAAGGCCUGCCUCAUCUCCAGGCUGAGCUGCGAGCGCGCAGGGACCAGGUUCAAUGUCCGGGGCACCAACGACGAUGGCCACGUCGCCAAUUUUGUGGAAACGGAGCAGGUCGUGUACUUAGAUGACUCCAUUUCUUCCUUCAUCCAAAUCCGGGGCUCGGUUCCGUUGUUCUGGGAGCAGCCAGGCUUGCAGGUGGGCUCGCACCGUGUCCGGAUGUCCAGGGGCUUCGAAGCCAACGCGCCCGCCUUUGACAGGCAUUUUAGAACACUCAAGACUCUGUAUGGCAAACAAAUAGUAAUCAACCUGCUUGGAUCUAAGGAAGGUGAACACAUGCUCAGUAAGGCCUUCCAGAGCCACCUGAAGGCCUCGGAGCACGCCGCCGACGUGCAGAUGGUGAGCUUCGACUACCACCAGCUGGUGAAGGGGGGCAAGGCCGAGAAGCUGCACAGCGUCCUCCGGCCUCAGGUCCAGCGGUUCCUCGAUUACGGCUUUUUUCAUUUCGACGGAAGUGACAUUCGAAGGUGCCAGAGUGGGACCGUCCGCACCAACUGCUUGGACUGCCUGGACAGGACGAACAGCGUGCAGGCCUUCCUGGGCCUGGAGAUGCUGGCGAAACAGCUGGAAGCCCUCGGCUUAGCUGAGAAGCCCCAGCUGGUGACUCGCUUUCAGGAGGUUUUCCGCUCCAUGUGGUCGGUGAACGGCGACUCCAUCAGUAAGAUCUAUGCCGGGACCGGGGCUCUGGAAGGAAAGGCCAAGCUAAAAGAUGGUGCUCGCUCUGUCACUAGGACGAUUCAGAAUAACUUCUUUGACAGCUCCAAGCAAGAGGCCAUUGACGUUCUGCUCCUGGGAAACACUCUAAAUAGUGAUUUAGCUGACAAAGCGCGAGCACUUUUAACCACUGGAAGUUUGCGUGUUUCUGAGCAGACGUUGCAGUCAGCCUCUUCUAAAGUCCUGAAGAGCAUGUGCGAGAGCUUCUACAAGUACUCGAAGCCCAAGAAAGUCCGCGUGUGUGUGGGCACCUGGAAUGUGAACGGCGGGAAGCAGUUCCGCAGCAUCGCCUUUAAGAACCAGACGCUCACCGACUGGCUUCUCGACGCACCCCGGCUGGCGGGCAUCCAGGAGUCCCAAGAGAGAAGAAGCAAGCCCACAGACAUAUUUGCGAUCGGGUUUGAGGAGAUGGUGGAGUUGAACGCGGGAAACAUUGUGAAUGCGAGCACCACGAACCAGAAGCUCUGGGCCGUGGAGCUCCAGAAGACCAUCUCCCGGGACAACAAGUACGUGCUGCUGGCCUCCGAGCAGCUGGUGGGCGUCUGCCUGUUCGUCUUCAUCCGCCCGCAGCACGCGCCCUUCAUCAGGGAUGUCGCCGUGGACACCGUGAAGACGGGCAUGGGAGGCGCCACGGGCAACAAGGGAGCGGUUGCCAUCCGCCUGCUGUUCCACACGACCAGCCUCUGCUUCGUGUGCAGCCACUUCGCCGCAGGGCAGUCCCAGGUCAAGGAGCGGAACGAGGACUUCGCGGAGAUCGUGCGGAAGCUGAGCUUCCCCAUGGGACGGAUGCUCUUUUCCCACGAUUACGUGUUCUGGUGCGGCGACUUCAACUACCGCAUCGACCUCCCAAAUGAGGAGGUGAAGGAGCUCAUCAGGCAGCAGAACUGGGAUGCCCUCAUCGCAGGGGACCAGCUCAUCAGCCAGAAGAACGCCGGGCAGAUUUUUAGAGGAUUUUUAGAAGGAAAAGUAACCUUUGCUCCGACAUAUAAAUAUGAUUUGUUUUCUGAAGACUAUGACACCAGCGAAAAGUGCCGCACCCCCGCGUGGACCGACCGUGUCCUCUGGAGGAGGAGGAAGUGGCCUUUUGAUCGAUCAGCGGAGGACUUGGACCUCCUCAACGCCAGUUUCCAAGACGGAAGCAAAAUCCUCUACACGUGGACCCCGGGCACGUUGCUGCACUAUGGGCGGGCCGAGCUGAAGACCUCCGACCACAGGCCCGUGGUCGCCCUCAUCGACAUUGACAUCUUCGAGGUGGAGGCCGAGGAGAGGCAGAGCGUCUACAGGGAAGUCCUGGCCGAGCAGGGCCCGCCCGACGCCACGGUGCUGGUCUCCGUCCGGAGCGCGGGGCCAGAGAGCAGCUUCUUCGAUGACACUUUGAUCGACGAGCUUCUGCAGCAGUUUGCGAAUUUUGGUGAAGUGGUUCUCAUAAGGUUUGUAGAAGAUAAAAUGUGGGUUACAUUUUUGGAGGGAAGUUCUGCCUUGAGUGUUCUGAGCCUCAGUGGUAAAGAGUUACUGGGCCGGACUAUAACGAUCACUUUGAAAAGUCCCGACUGGAUCAAGAAUUUGGAAGAAGAAAUAAGUUUAGAGAAGAUUAACAUCCCGUUGCCUUCAUCGACAAGCUCCACGCUGCUGGGCGAGGACGCGGAGGUGGCGGCAGACUUCGACCUGGAAGGGGACGUGGACGACUACAGCGCCGAGGUGGAGGAGGCUCUUCCCCAGCACCUGCAGCCGUCCCCGGGCUGCGGCCUCGGCGCGUCCCCCAGCUCUUCCCCGCGGACCAGCCCCUGCCAGUCGCCCACCAUAGUGGACGUCCCCCUGCCCUCCCUGCCCGUCAGGCCAAGCCGGACCCCGUCCAGGACUCCGGGGCAGCCGCCUCCACAGAGCGCUUUUCCCAGUUCUCCCGUGGACGCUCCGCCAGCCGCGCAGCCUCAGAAGGAUGCCCCGCAGGUCCUGGAGCCCAAGCGGCCGCCGCCUCCCCGCCCGGGGGCCCCUCCCGCGCGGCCAGCGCCCCCACAGCGACCACCUCCACCUUCAGGGGCCAGGAGUCCUGCGCUGGCCAGGAAGGAGCUUGGAGCUCCCCAGAGCCCCGGCACGCCGCGGAGAGAAAACCUAGGCCACAGCCAGCCUUUCCCUCCAACGGGACUCGCGGGCCCAGGACCCGCUGGACACGGCGCGCCCAGACCGCCGAUCCCGGCGAUCCCGCCCCGCGCCGGGGUGAUCAGCGCCCCGCAGAGCCAGGCCCGGGCGUCCGCUGCGUCUGCUGGGAGGUCCUCCCACAGCCUGCCCUCCGAGCCCUCGGCGCAGCAGCAGGUGAGACCCAACGGCGUCCCCGCGGUCAGACUGGAAUCACCGUCGAAGAGCGACCCGUUUGAAGACCUGUCACUUAGUCUGCUGGCCGUGUCACAGGCCCGGCCGCCUGUGCACCCUGCCCCUGUCCUCACCCUGGGCCCCAAGGGGGUGGUCCCCCUGCCUCCUGCAACAUCAAGUAACAUCAGCAUUUUGAGUUCUGUGAGCUGCAUGCCGACACUGCCUCCACUUCCCAUGCGGAGCCAAUCCCAGGAGAACGUGCGCUGCUCUCCGAACCCAUUUGCCCCGACCUUCCCUGGCACCGACCUCUUCGCCGGCAGGACGAACCCGUUCAGAGCCCCGUCCAGGGACGCAGAGGCGGCAGCACAGCCCGUGGAGCCUGUCCCCUGCCCUCUCCUCCCUACUCCCGGGCCUCGGGGCCAGAGCAGCGGCACGCCUCCUGCUCAGCCCCCCGGCUUCCAGGACAGCUCCGACCAGCAGGACCCGGCCACGGCCACGGCGAGCGCCAGCCCCCCAAGGGGGUGGGUCACCUUCGAGGAAGAGGAGGACUUCGGUGUGAGCGCCAAGCUGAAGGCAGCUUGUCCAGGUUCCCUGGGCCCUCGGCCAGGCCCGUCCUCCGGCCCAGGCGUGACCCUUGGGGAUGACUGGGGUCAAGGGACAGGUGUUCCCACCUGUGUGCUGCCCUCGCGGAGGCCGCCCCCGCCUCCCGGUUCUGCGCUCCCCGCAGGCCCCGCCCCUCCAGCCGACCCUUUCACCGCUCUGGCCCCCGUGGCUCCCACUGUAGACUUCACGGAAAGAUAGCCCACAGGGGACAGCGCUCCGUGUGCUGGGCAGAGCGAGAGAACUGGGCAUUGUUAUUCAUUACGUGCAAUAGUCCCUGUUCCUGCACUGAUGUCAAGAAAUACCACUGUGUCACGUGUACAGAGUUGGAGUAUGUGUAUACUGGAAAUAGGGGAAACCCUUCUCAUUAACUGGAGUUCUGGUGUGUUUCUGUUUGGAUAACAGAGCAGUAGCCAUAAAAAGUGCUCAGAACUACUCUGGGACAUAGACCCCACUCAGAUCCUCGUGAGGCCCCCACGAAUCUCAGAAAGACUCGCAGCUCCCCGCUGGCCCGGCUCCGCCCUCACGAGCAGUCACCGAAGAGCUGUCCACGGGGCGGGACGCUGAACCGGACUCUGAGAGGCAUUGCUAGAGGGAGUGAGUGCACACAUGCGCACACGUGUGGUGUAUGCGCACACACAGUCUAACACUCACCUAAACUCUAGGGCAUGACUCGGACCAAAUCUGUAUCUAAAAGUUCUGAGUUCUUUUUUCAAUAUUUCAUUAUCUGAAGGACCACUGGGAGUGAAAUUUGGACAUUAAUUUUCUUUCCAAAACUAAAAUAACCCUUACUCCUGAAACAGCAUUUUCUCUCCUUGCACGCGUGCGCGCACACCUGGGCACCCCCCACUCCAGGCCCCGGGCCUUCCCUCUGGGACGGCUCCUGGCAGCUGGAAGCACGUGUCGCAGUCACUGUCCCGCACACACUCCAGCCCUUUCCAAGGAGCCGAUGGCCGUGUGUCCGCAGGCACAGGCCAUGGGUUCAGUGAGGAAUUCAGCACCAAGUGUCCUCUCUCUCUACAUGACAGUGUGUGCUGCCUGCUGCCUCCUCCACCCCCAGUCCCUGCUCCAGGCUUCCCCAGCAGGGAGAGCAGGGGCAGCGGCUUGCUCUGAACUGGGGCUGCCCUGAGGGGCUGGGGCCCACCAGUCCUGCUGUGAGCUCUCCCGCGCCUCCUGGCCGCGGAUUCCCUCUCCUGCUCUGCUGCACCCACUGACCCCGCUUCUGUUCGUUUUCUGAAGUACACGGAAUCUUUUAAGAAUGUAGUAUUUUGAUAUCAUUAAUCCCAGUCAGAAAAUCCGUGAGCAGUUGUCAGUUUAAGCUAAAGUCAUCUGUACCCAUAAGACUUACAUUAACGCGCCUUUCCAUAGAGCGUUGUGUGUGUCCACCGAAACCCCGCGUCCUCAUUGGACCUCACUGAUGUGCGUCGGAGAAGGCAGGAAGCAGGGUCCGUGGUAAGAAAGUGGAAAAGCACAGAACUGCAUUGCACUUCACACAGAGAGCAAAUCCAUAGGCAGAGUUCUUCUCUAGCUGCUUAAAUGCUGUCACCUCUAUUUACAGACGUCAUCCUCUGUUAACAGCCGGGAGCUUGUGAGUUUUCUGUUGUGCUUUUUGGGGUUCUAAGCAUUUCAGCAUCAGUAUAUCUCAGACGGCAGUAUUCCUCUAGUCUAAGCGAUAUGCUUCAAGUGUGAACUAACUUGUCCAAACUGUGGCUUUAGCUUCUAUGUGAUUAGUGUGUGGUAUUUACUCUCUAUUAGACAAACAGUUCCUUACCCACAACAGCGGCUCUGUGAGCAGUCUCCCGGUGAACCUGAACUACUGCCUGAAACACACACACCGAGCGGCACCGUGGCCUUUAUCGGAAACUAUUCAGCAAGUUGCUGAAAGUACACAAAGCUAUGGAAGUUAAAGGUACGCUGCCAAUAACUGGCCAUUAUUCUGUGUCUUACUGAAAUAUCCACCAGUUCUAUUAGAAGCAGAGCAGAAUUUAGACACUAAGGCUCUCUGUGAAUUCUUUGUUCUCGAUAAUAGAUUGCUGUUUAUAUGUAAGAACUUUAUUGCUUAUGUGGCAUAUGAUAUUUAUAACUGUACUUUAUAGAAGUAUAUAUUACAGUCAGUGGUAUACAUUCUGUACAUAUCCUGUGAAAUGUGCUGUCAUAUGAAAUAAAUAGACCUUCUUUACCGUAUCGA